GCUAGCUAAUGUUUAUGUUCUGUUGUGACUCAUCUUUCUCUCUUGGUAGAAAGAAAUCGAGUUGCCUCCGAAAGGACUGAUGUCAAAAUUAAUUCCAAUCGUAAGAGACACGAGUUGCAUGAAUGACAGUGACUGAGGAUCAGGGUUGGCUUUUUGCCAUCAAAGCCCGGUUUUUGCCCUGCCAGAAGCAGAAACUGGUUAUAACCCGUAAGAAACUGGCAAAUACUAAAAGUUGAGUUUUGCCUGAAAGGAGCUGGAUUUGGUCAAGUGUCAGAAUGGUUAAUUGUACUCAGCCAACUAAUGAAGUUUCUGCAUUGCUUGUUCUUCCCAGUUUCUGGACAAAAAUGACUAACUUUAAUGUAACAUGUACAAAUGGAUGCUCUGGUCACGGUGACUGUUAUGAUGGUGUGUGUUUUUGUGAGGUUCAAUACAGUGGAGGAAGCUGCCGUGAUCCAAAUUUGAAUUACUAUAUUGCUUUUUCCAGUAUAUUCUACAUUAUUUGUGCUGUAUCUGUUAUCCAAUUAAUACUCUGCAUUAAGUCUGAAUUCAGUAGGACUAAACCACGUUCAAUCAUCAAAGCAUGUAAUGUAACUACUCAGAAGACUCUAUACAUUUUGACAUGUAUGGCGACAGCCCUUCGGGGAUAUUAUUUUUCAUCACCUGAUCAUGAAGCAAUGUUAUGGGCUUCAAGCUUAAUGAGUGCAUACUAUCCUGUGUUACUUUCUGGUUUUUCACUUAUUGUGUGCUUUUGGGCAGAGGUUUUCCACCUUCGGGAUCUGACAUUUGAGAAACCUGGAUUUCUGAGUAAAUCUCUGCUAGGCUUUGUCCUUUUCAAUAUUAUUACAUACUCUCUAUUAUUGGCCGAAUUGUUACUCCUACAGUUUUCAAAUAUAGAACCAAGCCUAUUUAUUAAUAUCUUUCAUGGAUGUUAUGCUGUCUUGAUGCUGGUUGUAGUCGUCUUUUUCUUAAUUUAUGGUGUGGAAGUUUAUUUCAAGGUUCGAGGAGAGUUUAUUCAAGGUUCAUCUUCUGCAACUGAUUCAUCACAACUUCAUCAAUCCCGAAUCGGACUAGUGUCUCAAGCAGUAUUGCUUCUUUUUACUAUUGUAUUCAUAUUUUCAGAUAGUCUUGGACACUUCUGGAAGGAUAAGUAA